AUGACUGACUAUCGAAUGUGUGGAACAGGCCGAACCGACUCCAACUUCAACAAGGUGGUGCUCAAGCGCCUGUUUAUGUCCCGCAUCAACCGUCCUCCCAUGUCAAUCUCGCGCAUUGCCAGCAAAGUGUCGACCGAGUCAGCACAAAAGGCUUACAAGGACAAGACCAUUGCCAUCGUCGGCACCGUGACUGACGACAACCGUCUGUUGACCGUCCCGGAGCUCCACAUUGCUGCCCUGCGAUUCACCGCGACUGCCCGCGCCCGCAUUGAGAAGGCCGGAGGCGAGUGCUUGACUUUCGACCAACUGGCCCUGAGACACCCCACUGGCAGCAACGUCUUGCUGCUGCGAGGACCCAAGAACGCCCGCGAGGCCGUCAAACACUUCGGUUUCGGACCCCACAGCCACAAGAAGCCCAAGGUCGAGAGCAAGGGUCGCAAGUUUGAGCGCGCCAGAGGCCGAAGACGGUCCAAGGGUUUCAAGGUGUAA